AUGCCACCCCAGCUCCGGGCCUUCGGCGGCGGGCCCGGCUAUCUCAAUGCCAAUGCCCAGUUGAACCCCUUCACGCCGAAUAACAUCAACUCGUUCAACGCCGCAGCCCUCAAUGGCGGCGCUGCCUUCCCCGACACGGGCUUUGGCAGCCAGAGCGCAAGGAUGGGGUUUGCGCAUGGGCCAGGGGCAACCCUCCAGCAGCCGCAGCAUGGCGGCCAGGUGCAGCACAAUGCCUUGAUGGACCAUCCCACAUUGCGGACGCAGCCGACUAAUAAGGGCCGGAUACGCGAAGUCUGGAAACACAACCUCGAGGAGGAGAUGGCCGUGCUAAGAGACAUCAUUGACAAGUACCCUUAUGUAGCCAUGGACACGGAAUUUCCUGGCGUUGUAGCAAGGCCCAUGGGUGGUUUCAGAGGGAAGAGUGAUUACCAUUACCAGUGUCUACGGACCAACGUGGAUAUGCUCAAAGUCAUCCAAAUCGGCAUCACGCUGUUCAACGAAGACGGCGAGACACCACCAGCACGACCGGGUCCUGAGCUGGGACUCAGUGCGGCAGCCAGGCGGCAUCUUAACGGGGGCCCAUUUCCGUACUCGUGGCAGUUCAACUUCAAAUUCUCUCUAAAAGACGACAUGUACAACGAGAAGUCGAUCGAGUCUCUCCAGCAGGCCGGCAUCGACUUUAACCUCCUGGAGCGCGACGGUAUCGACCCUCACCAAUUUGCCUCUUUAUUAAUACCGUCGGGUCUGGUAUGCUUCGAUAACGUCCGAUGGAUAUCCUUCCACGGUGGCUACGACUUUGGCUAUCUCACAAAGCUGCUCAUUUGCACCCCUCUUCCAAACGAUGAGGUGGACUUUGACCACAAGAUGAAGCUGUAUUUCCCCAUGACAUAUGACGUGAAGCACCUGAUGAAGUUUGCCAUCAAGCUUCACAACAAUGGGAUGCUCACCCCCACCGACCCUGGCACCACUGAAAUCCUGCAAAAGUUUGAGCACAAGUCGGGCCUGGAGAAUAUUGCGGAAACUCUCAAGGUUAAGCGCAUCGGGUCUGCUCACCAGGCUGGCUCGGAUUCCCUGCUGACCGGCAAGGUCUUCUUCCAGAUGCGCGACAGAAUAUUCAACGGUGAGAUUCCCGACGACCACCUCGGCAAGGUCUGGGGUCUGGGCAUCCCCGACGUCGGCAUACCCAUGUCAAUGAUGGGCCAGGGCGGCGAUCAGAACGGCAACACUCCCAGCACUCCCAACACGGGCACGGCGCAUCUCGCGACGACUCCGGCUCAGAGCCACAACACGAAUGGCCUGCCCAAUAUGGGGCCCAUGACUCCCGGUGGAGGAGGCGGCGUUUUUGGUAAUUUUGCAUUUGGAGGGAACGGCAGAUAG